CAACCUGAAUCCCUUAAAUCCACAAAUAACCAUAAUGGACUCCCUCAUUGCUCAAGCUAGCGACUACUCACGAUUCAACGACUUCAAAAUUCUCACCACCACGUACAAAGUAGUCUACAACCACGAAAUCACGGUCGACAUUCUCUACCCCAAGCAUCUUCACAAUUCCUCUCACCAGCAUCUACGCGCUACUCCUCGUCCAGUCCUUCUCCGCUAUCAUGGUGGAGGUCUUAUCUGCGGCCACAGCCUCUUCCCCCCGUUUUUCAAUAAAUGGUAUCUCGAGCUUGCACAGGAAUAUUCAGCCGUGAUUGUCUCUCCGAAUUAUCGGCUUAUGCCCGAGUCUUCCAUCCUUGAAAUUUUGGGGGAUGUGGAGGAUCACUGGGAUUGGAUGCAUGCAUGGUUCCCGGCGUUCUUGGAAAAUGAGACUAGCGGGGAGAUAAAGGCAGAACUUGGUCAGAUUCUGGCUGUUGGUGAUAGUGCAGGUGGCUAUCUGAGCCUGCAAAUGGGUCUAAGCCAUCCAACCGAAAUCCGGGCAGUUAACGCAGUCUAUCCCAUGACGAAUCCCAAGGCAGCAUGUUUCACUGGUGAGCAGCUAAGGCCGGUAUUUAACAUCUCAACGCUUCCCAAGGACACAUUGGAGCGUCACCUAUCAAAUCUCAAGGAACAAGAAGCACUCUCCGAAGUUCCAAUUGUAAAAUCCGUCGAAUCCAGUCCUGAUAGACUGACAUUGUGCUUUUCCAUCUGUCAACACGGAAAAAUGGGUCAAUUGCUGCCAUACGAUUCAAUUACGCCAUAUCCGCUAGAGCGACUAGAUGCUGGAGCAAGAUUUUCUCGAGGUGGGGUGGUGCUGCUUCACGGCAGAGAUGAUACUGUUGCUCCUAUUGAGCAGAGUUAUUCAUUGAAGGAAAAGGUGGAAGAUGUCGAUCCUACUUUAAAAUUUCGUCUAAUCGUGCGGGAUGGUGAGCAUGGUUUUGAUCAUUCGGCUAAAUUACAUGAUGCCUGGCUGUGGGAUGCGAUUCAGGAUAUUGUAAAAAUUUGGCUUGACUGAGUCGACUGGGCUAGUUUUUUUGAAAGCUCACUGUGACCAAAUGCUCUUUUCAAUUAAUAUUAGAAAAAUGGCAGUAGCCUGAAAUCAUUUACCACCUUGGACGGAAACUAGGAUCACGACGUACAUAGUUGGGGAUAGUAUGGAAGGUGUAUUCAUUGGGAUUCUGGUCCACGAUGUUAAAUAUUGAUACACCAUUGGUGAACUGAGAGCAUGGCCCGUGAAGAAAACCCAUGAAAUUCUUUGCUCGUGACUUCCCGUACGC